AUGCAGGAGCAAUGGGAGCAAUUGGCUGUUAUGGGUUUUUUGGGAGAAUUAGGGCAAGAGUAUGAUGCUGUUCGUUCCCAAAUACUUGGAGGAGAUAGGGUGAGUUCACUCACUGAGACAUUUGCUCGUGUUUUAAGGGUCUCACGUGAACCACCUAAGGAUGCAUUUUCUAUAGGUGAGAACUCAGCCUUAGCAGCCCAAAGAAAUUGUGGUAGUAGUCGAGGUCGUGGUGGUGGUCGAAGUGGUGGCAUCAAUCGUAGUUUUGGUAGAGGCCAACCACCCUCUGCUAGCAACACUUAUAGUGACAUAAGGGGUAAUACCGAUUUGGAUUUGAAGACGAGGAAGAUGAUUGCUAAAGGACAUGUGUUAGGAGGGCUAUACUUGCUUGAUGAUACUACCAGUGUUGUUAAUCUCGAUGGCUCUCUUGCUCGCCUCAAGGCCAAAUUGGUUGCUAAAGGUUAUGCACAAGGUUAUGCACAAGUUUAUGGGGUUGAUUAUGGUGAUACUUUCUCUCCAGUGGCUAAGAUGACCUAUGUUCGUCUUUUACUUUCAUUGGCUGCUUCUACUUGUUGGCCUCUUUCUCAGCUUGAUGUGAAAAAUGCCUUUCUUCAUGACAAUCUUAGAGUUAUUCAUCGCGACAUCAAGUCCUCCAAUAUUCUUUUGGACUCCAAUUUUGAUGCUAAGGUCACAAACUUUGGACUCACCAAGUUCACUUUGGGUAUAGAUACCCAUGUAUCCAUGCACAUAAUGGAGACUUUGUGGUACAUGAAUCCUUAG